CUCUGCUUCGAAUACAUGCUCUUCCAACACAAAAAAAAAAUGGCUUCUUUUCAUCUACAUCUGUGGUUAUCUCUUCUUCUUCUUCUUCUCUUACCCUUCAUUUUUCUUUUGAAAAAGAAACUAAAUAGCAAGCACCUUCCACCAGGUCCUCCUAGACUUCCUAUAAUAGGAAAUUUACACCAACUUGGGACCUUACCUCACUUACUCAUUACUGUUUAUGCGCAACUAUCAAGAAAUACGGGUCCUUCGGUCAUGCUUCUCCAGUUUGGUCAAGUUCCUGCACUUAUUAUCUCCUCUGCAGAAGCAGCAAAAGAGCUUAUCAAAAUAAAUGACCUCAGUAGUUGUAGUAGACCUCGCUUGGCUGGUACUGGAAGACUAUCUUACGCUGGUACUCUUGAUAUAGCUUUUACACCUUAUGGAGAUUACUGGAGAGAAAUAAAAAAGAUUUGUGUUCUUGAACUUUUUAGUGCUAAAAGAGUUCAAUCGUUUCAAUCCGUUAGAGAAGAAGAAGUGGGUCUUUUCAUAGGUUCGAUUUUAAAAGCUUCUUCUUCUUCUUCUCCUGUGGAUCUUAGUGAAAAAAUUAUGUCUCUUACUGCAAAUGUUACUUGUAGAGUAGCUUUUGGGAAUAGUUUUGCAACAAGAGGAUUUACCCAAGAAAGGUUUCAAGAAGUGAUUCAUGAAGCUUUAGCCAAGUUAGGGGGUUUUUCUGCAUCUGACUUUUUUCCUUAUGUGGGUUGGAUUGUUGAUAGGGUUACAGGUCUCCAUUCAAAACUGGAAAGAAGCUUUCAAGAACUUGAUGAAUUCUUUCUUACCAGAAAGAUUAUUUUGAGAUCAUAUCCAAAAAAGGAAAAGAUUAAGCAUGGACAUCAAGAUGGACAUCAAGAUAUUGUCGAUGUUUUGUUGGAUUUGGAGAGAUAUCAAACUGAAUCUGAAGGAAUUCAAUUCUCUAAAAGUCACAUCAAAGCAAUUAUCAUGAAUAUAUUCUAGGUGGAUGGAACAACUGGAGCAUAGUAAUUAGUCUGGGCUAUGGCAAAACUUGUCAGAAAUCCUCGAGUUAUGAAGAAAAAAGCACAAGAAGAAAUCAGAAGAUUAAUUGGAAACAAAACAAAAGUAUCUGAAAGUGAUAUUCACAAGCUUGAAUACCUAAAGAUGGUGGUGAAGGAAACACUGAGAUUGCACCCACCAGGAACACUAUUAAUACCAAGAGAAAACAUGUCACAAUUCAGCAUCAAUGGCUAUGAAAUUCAUCCCAAAACUCGAGUCGAGGUCAAUGUGUGGGCAAUUGGAAGAGAUCCUAAAGCAUGGAAAAAUCCUGAAGAAUUUUUUCCAGAGAGAUUUAUUGAUAAAUCCAUUGAUUUUAUAGGGCAAAAUUAUGAAUUUUUACCAUUUGGCAGUGGUAGGAGAAGCUGUUCGGGUAUGACUAUGGCAUUGUCUUUGGUGGAGAUUGCGCUUGCAAACCUUUUGUUUUGUUUUGAUUGGAAGUUACCUGGCAAUAUGAAGGAGGCAGACAUUAAUAUGGAAGAGGCAUCUGGUCCUGGUCUUACUACUCAUAAGAAAGAAGCUUUAUUGCUUGUACCAAUUAAAUAUCAACCUGCAUAAAAAAAAAAAAAAAAAAAAAAGAAAUAAAUGUC